AUGACAUCUGUACUCGCAACAAAAAAGGAUGAUGUAAUGAAGGUCGUCGAUGAGACUGCCGCUGCUGUUGCUGUGGCAGCCGAAGAGAAGACCGACAUUGAUGACGCACUCGGUGCUGGCAGUAAGCGAAGAUUCUUCCCUCGGGUGAAACAUUUGCUGACCAGAGAAUGGGAAUCUUUCCUCGCUGGUGUUUUGGAUGCCAUGGAUCAAGCUCAUGCUCCAUCCGCUGCGGUUGCUUCCCACAAGGCCACCAACCCAUGGUUCAAGGCCUUUGAAUUGGUCUACGACGGCGUUGCCUCUGAUUGCAGCGUUCCAACUGGAAAGAACCGUUUCCACAAGUUCAAGGACAAGAUUGUUGAACUCUGGAAUGCCAUGGAACAAGAGGCUCCCGAUGAUCACCCAUUGAAGCCUCGUUCAAUGGAACAGUUGAAUCUCUAUCGACAAGCCUGUGAAGAACAACAAAAGGCUGAAUUGAACGACGCCAAGGCUACGGGAGGAAAGGCCUCCAUGAUCAAAAAGUCACCCCUCGGUGGCUCUGCCAUGAAGCGCCCUUACAGCUCUACCUUCCACCCCACUACCGGACGCAUGUGGAAGCACUUGGAUGAGGGAUCGGCUCUGCAAAAGCUUCCCGAACCACUCAAGAGUUUGACACACUUGAGACACAUGGCGACUGAGAUUGGUGCCUCUGGUGCCAAACAAGACAUUGAGGUCCAAUACAUGGCCGAACUCUAUAGCUACUUGGGCGAAUCUACGGGUGAACCCUUUGAAAAGUCCCAAAUCUUGACUGCUUUGUACAGAUUGUCCCAAACGCCCAAGGAAGCCAAGGAUGUCUUGGCGGCCUACGAACGUGCCGUCCAAGAAUACUUGAUUCAAAUGUCUCCGCCCAAUGCCAAGUCGGCCGAAGUCUAA